AAAAGAAUAUGGAGUUCAUCAUAUUUUACGUGAAAAAGCAAGAAAAAACCUUGAAACUUACACCAACAAUAUGAAAAAACAGAUGACUAAGAAUAACAAAAGAAAAAAAGAAUAUAGUGUUGGUGAAUGCGUAAAAAUAUCAAUACCUAAAAAGGAUAGAAAUUCAGCAGACAGAAUUUUUGUAUUUUGCAAAAUAAUAACGAUUUUAGAUAAUGACAUGUUUCAACUAUCAUGUCAAUUUGGAAUAAUUGAAACGUGUUACUCAUCUGCUGAAUUGGAACCAUUGGAAAAUCAAGAUGUACCUGGACUUAACAAUUCACUUACAAACAAAAUUUCACUUAGAGAAGCUGCUCGUAUGCAAAGUGUUUUUAAUGAAAGUAAUGAUAACAAUGAUAUUUGUAUUUGUAAUUGCAAAAAAGGGUGUAGAACAGCAACUACAACCUCUACAGAUACAGCCACCUGUACACCAACAGCUGCAAGCGCACCCGCCGAGACACCGAUAGGAACAUGUACAUGCUUCGAAAACAUUUUUCUGAACACACAUUUCGCCACUUUCAUUUUCGUUAGUCCAAGAGGUGCACACAGCGUUGUUAAUGGGAGAUGCUUGAAUUAUUGA